AUGAGUAUCAUUCCGAGUCUAAAUAUUGGUUACGAUAGUGAUGAUGGUCGUCAGCAAUCGUCAAAAGCAUCUGAUUCUCAGUCAACAGUGCUACCAACCAUCAUACCCGAAAACACCAAAGAUAAGAAAUCUUCAGAUGACACUGCUUCGCCAACACCGGUAAUCACUAAUUCGAAUAUUGAUAUCAAUAGUGCGUUGUGUACACUUCUUCAACAGAAUCAACUUCUGAUUAACCGCUUGUUGGAACGUGACAAUACUCCAUUGCGUAAUGAAUCUCCUUUUCCUACCAAUUCCGAUGGAUUCUAUGUUAUGCCGGACUUCCACAACACCAUUAAGAAUUUUUCAGGCAUUGAAUCUAGGGCUCAAGCCAGAGACUGGCUUCAGUCAGUGCAGUCAGUGGCUCGACUUCAUCAUUGGCCCGAAGCAUUCAAAUUAGAAAUCGUUCGAACUAAGUUAGUUGCGGCUGCGAGCAACUGGCUGUGUGGACGAAACUUUAGAACGUGGUCUGAUUUUGAAAGGCAGUUUAUUUCCACAUUUGCAAAUUCAUCAACCUCACUUGUAGAAUGUAUGAAAUUAUUAUUGUCCCGUAUUCAAAACAAAAAUGAAUCUUCAGCCGAAUACUUCCACGACAAAGCACGUAUGUGUCGUGAGGUAAAACUAUCGUUUCCUGAAACGAAACAGCAAAUCAUCGAAGGCCUCCAUUGUCGAGACCUAUGUUUCUUUUUGCUUGCUCGUGAUCAUUUAGAUGAAGAUUCUUUGCUGGCUGACAUUCUAUCUUUCACUACAAUGAACAGUGCUAGAUAUGCUCAUUUUAAGACUGAUCCUCAGCCUCCAUCGAAUCCUUUUGUUCUCCAAUCGUCUCAAAAAUCUCAAGUAAACAAAACUUCUGUUUCAACAACUUUGACCAGUAAGCCGUUGCCUUCAGUUAAUCCAGUCAAUCCAUCUGCAUCAUCCAUAAGAUGCUUCAAUUGUUCAUCACAUGGUCACUAUGCUGCGUCGUGUCCCAAACCAAAGCGUGAACCAGGUUCCUGUUUCAAAUGCGGUUCCACAUCACAUCAGCUUCGAGGAUGCCCUUCUGCAGGUACCAACAACAAGGAAGCUCUAGUACUUCAGUCACCCUCAGAAAAUGUAAAAUCUGCCUAUACUAUUAAGUUAGAUGUUAAGUUUCCCAGUGGUAAAAUAGUUGAUGUAUUAGCGAUCAUUGACACUGGCAGUCCUGUUAGUUUGCUAAGACAAAAUAUAGUUCCUUCAUGGUCACCACCACAAGUUCCUCCAUUAGCAUCAUCAGGUUUAGUAGGUAUAAAUGGUUCAGAAUUAGUUAUUUUAGAUCAAAUGUUUGUAGAUAUUCUACCACCAUAUAAUGACCAUCCGAUUAAUGUCAAUAUAAAUAUUGUACCAGAUAGUACCAUUAAAUGUGACUUGUUACUUUGUAGAAACUUUUUAUCACAUCCCAGAGUAGUCUUAACUAUAAAUAGUGGUUCUUUUGAAAUUGAUUUUAAGCGUUUAGAUAUUGUAUUUUUUGAUGAGAUUCUUAGUAUAGAAAUAAGUCAAGACUGUAAGAAUAGUGAGCUAAACCUGAAUAUUGAGGAAACUUUACCUAGUCAUGUUAAGAGUAAAAUUAAAAAUAUUGUAACUAGUUACUAUUUGAAUAAUAGUUCUCUUCCAACUGAACUUGUAAUGUAUGACCCACCUGAACUUAAGAUUGAACUUAAGGAUAGCAGUUUAUUUUAUUUUAAUCCAAGAAGAUUGUCUUUCUUUGAGAAAGAAAAAUUGCAGCUAAUAUUAGAUGAUUUGUUAGUUAGGAAAAUUAUAAAACCUAGUCAUUCCGAGUAUAGUAGUCCUAUUGUAUUGGUGAAAAAGAAAAAUGGUGAACUUCGGUUGUGUGUAGAUUACCGAGAACUUAAUAAACGUAUGGUUAAAGAUCGCUACCCAUUACCACUGAUUGAUGAUCAUUUAGAUUCAUUGAGAGGAAAAAAAUAUUACACUUGCAUUGAUUUGAAAGAUGGAUUUCACCAUGUGAAAGUAGCAGAUCAGAGUCAGAAAUAUACCUCUUUUACUACUCCUUUAGGUNGGUAUCAGUGUGUCAGCCUGUAUUGUAGUUAG